AACACAUAACUCUCAACCAUCAUAAACAAAAUGCCUAAACCAAAACAAUUCCUCAAGGAUGAUAGCAGGAAGAAGAAAUUGUCCAAGCAUGCUCCACAGGUCCCAGAAACCGCAGAUGAGUUCUUAGCUGCUGGAGUUGACCACGAAGAGGCCGGCGAGAAGUGGCGUGGUGGGGACGCAGCAAAGUCGACGCGCUUCUUCGUCAGAGCUAUCGACACAUACGAGACGGGCCUCACGAAGUUCCCGGAUUCCUUUGAUUUGGCUUAUAAUAAAGCACGCGUACAAUAUGAAAUCACACAGCACCCAAAGCUACGAGGACAGCUCCCAGGCAAUCUACUGGACCUAUUACAUGUGGCACUUGAAUCUAGCAGGCGAGCUCUGUCAUUGAAGCAAGACGACCCCGAUGUCAUAUUCAACACAGCCCAAGUCCUCACCUCCCUCGCCGAAGCGCUCGACGACGUAGGCAGCGACCCGGGCUCCCUCGUCCCCCUCCUCGAAGAAGCAGUCGAGCUCUUCCAACGCUGUCUCACCCUCCAAGAAUUCCGCUUCUCGGAAUCCGAAGCCCUGCGCGACUCCAUGAAUGCCGACGCCCCCGCCGACAUCCCCGGCUCCCCCAUCGACUCCGACGGCGGCGCACCCCUCACCCCCGCCGCAGCAACCGGUAGUCCCCAACAAUCCGAAGAGCAAUGGGCCAGCAUCGUCGAACCAACCACCCCCGACACGCUCCUCGACACCAUCCUCGCCCUCCUCGAGACCCUCACCGUUCUCGCCACCAAGCUCGACUCCCGCGGUCUCGCAGCACUGGAGGAGUACACCUCAACCCUCCUCGUGAAACUGCCCACCUACCUCGCCCCCUCACCCGCCCGCGCUCCGGAAGUAGGUCUCACGCGCGCAAACCUCCUGUCUGCACUAGCAGAGGCUAGCUUCCGCGCCAGCAACAUUGAUACCGCGACGUACGAGCGCGCUAUCACUGAGGCCUUCCGCGACCUCGACCUAGCUUCUGACCCGAAGGGGUUAACUGACAAAGCAGACGCGAUGCUCGCCUUUGCAGCUGCACUACGCACACAACCCGUCGAAGACGGACAGCAACAACAGCAGAUCAUAGCGCGGUGGGGUGCCCUGACCCAAGCGGGAACCGCCUUAGGAGCUGCCUCCAAGGUCCCAGGGGCCAUGAACCUCGCGCGCAUACAUCUCGCGCGGGGGGACGCGGAGAUGCUUCGGUUCCGGGUGAAAGAUGGGACGGGAUACCCGGGGAAUGUGGAUGCGGGGGUUCUGAUGAAGAAUGCGGGCGUGUUUUAUAGAGGAGCCGCGAGACAGGCGCUGGUGGAUGGGGAGGAGGGGGUUGGGAGGGAGGGGAGGCUUAAGGGGGCUCUGGCGGCGGCUGUUGCGGGGGAGAGUCAGGCGCUGAGGGAGAUGGUGGCGGGGGAGACUGAGAUGGUGGUUGAGGUUUUGGGGGGGGCGGUGAGUGAUGGGUUGGUGGAGAUGGAGUGGUUACAGAGGGAGAAGAUUGUGUGA